CGAUGAACGCAACCAAUAAUGUUUUAGUCAAGGCGGUUUGAAGAGACGCACCCCCGCAAACGGCUUUGCUUUGCGUUUGGUGAUCAUGAUCACACCGCUCAGCGCAAGACAAGUGGAAUGAAUGGUAGUUUCGGCAGAGGACGUGUUGUAGUGAACAACGAAAAGGGAUUAAUUUAUGGACAUUUAGCACUUCAGGUUGAGUGAAACCAAAACAAGAACAAGAAAAUGAGUCUCUUGCACUGUUGCGUAUUAGUUAUAUUGCUCAAUUCAGUGUUUGGCUCUGAUUUUCAAGAGCGAAAUAGUCUAACGGGAAAUGCACGUCCAAGGUUUGUGAAGAACCGAAAAUUAGGUAGUGUUCACAAUAUUAAAGAAAGGUCGACCGGGGAGUUUUCCGAUUUAGAAGGACAUCAUAAAGUUGAGGAGAGAAGCUUAGAUACGGAUGGAGACGCAUGCAAAGCUCUUCACGGCUACGAGUCGCGGUUAGCCAACAACACUCACACCUACGUCUUCAAUGACCUGAGUGGCUCGGUUUCUCUGGCUUGGGUGGGGGACGGCACAGGGGUCGUGCUGGCCUUGACAACUUUCCAGGUUCCAUUUUUCAUGCUGAGGUUUGGCCAGUCAAAGCUGUACAGGAGUGAGAACUAUGGGAAAUCCUUUCAGGACGUCACAAAUCUCAUCAACAACACCUUCAUCCGCACUGAAUAUGGAAUUGCUAUUGGCCCAGAGAAUUCUGGGAAGGUUAUCCUCACAGGUGACGUCUCGGGCGGAAAGGGAUCUAGAAUAUUCCAUUCGGUGGAUUUUGGGAACAGCUUCACCCCUUCCGACCUGCCCUUCCAUCCCCUGAUGCAGAUCAGCUACAACCCGCACGACGGCAACGUGCUCCUGGUCAUCAGCGUCACUUAUGAUCUGUGGGUGUCGGAAAACUUUGGAGAAAACUGGCAAAAGAUCCAUGAAAUGGUGUGUCUGGUGAAAUGGGGGACGGAUAACACCAUCUUCUUCACCACUAACCCAAACGGAUCUUGCAGUGACAGAGGGAUGCUGGAGUUGAGGAAGACCUCUGAUUAUGGGCGGAGCUUCAAAACCAUCGGCAACAAGAUCUACUCCUUCGGCCUGGGAGGGCGAUUCGUCUUCGCCUCGGUCAUGACUGGGACGGGGACCCUUCGUAUGAUCCACGUGUCGGUGGACCAGGGAGAGACGUGGAAUAUGGCUCAGCUUCCUCCUGUGGGCCAUGAGCAAUUCUACUCCAUCCUGGCGGCCAAUGACGACAUGGUGUUCAUGCACGUGGACGAGCUCGGUGAUACUGGGUUCGGCACCAUCUUUGUGUCAGAUGACCGCGGCACGGUUUACUCCAAAUCUCUGGAGCGCCACCUCUACACCACCACCGGGGGCGACACGGACUUCACCAACGUCACCUCUCUGCGAGGGGUCUACAUGACCAGCGUCCUGGCUGAGGAUGGCUCUGCACAGACUAUGGUGACCUUUGACCAGGGUGGGGAGUGGAGACCCCUGAAGAAACCCAGGAACGGGCAGUGUGACUCAACGGCCAAAGAUCCAGAGCUGUGCAGCCUCCAUAUCCACGCCUCCUACAGCACCUCCAUGAAGCUCAACGUCCCCAUGCUGCCCCUGACCGAGGCCAACGCCGUAGGGCUCAUUCUGGCUCAUGGGAGCGUGGGCGACGCCGUCUCCGUCAUGGCACCUGAUGUGUAUGUGUCUGACGACGGGGGCUACACCUGGCUACGGGCCCUGGAGGGCCCCCACCACUACGCCAUCCUGGACUCUGGGGGUCUGCUGGUGGCUGUGGAGCACACCCCCUCCCAGCCCAUCUCUCAGAUAAAGUUUUCCACGGACGAGGGGCAGUGCUGGCACGUCUUUAACUUCACCAGCGACCCGCUGUUCUUCACGGGGCUGGCGUCUGAACCCGGGGCGCGCUCCAUGAAUGUCAGCAUCUGGGGCUACCGCGAGUCCCUACUCAGCCAGUUCUGGGUGUCCGUCACCAUCGACUUCAAGCAGCUGCUCACCCGCGACUGCGGUGAGAAGGACUAUGUACAGUGGCUGGCGCACUCUGAUGACAUCAGCGACCCCACUGACGGCUGCAUGCUGGGCUACAAGGAGAGGUUCCUGCGGAUGCGCAAGGACUCGGUGUGCUGGAACGGCCGUGACUACAUCGUCACCAAGCAGCCCACGCCCUGCCCCUGCACCCUGGAUGACUUCCUGUGUGAUUUUGGGUACUACCGUGCUGCCAACAGCUCUGAGUGUCUGGAGCAGCCCGACCUACAGGGGCACGCGCUGGAAUUCUGUCUUCACGGGAAGAAGGAGCAACUGCAGACCAGCGGAUAUCGGAAGAUCCCGGGAGACAAGUGUGAGGGCGGGGCCAAGCCUGAGCGCAAGGAGAUCGACCUCAGCAAGAAGUGUGUGAGCAACCUGCUGGGGCAGGAGCUGCUGAGGGGAUCCCACUCCAGCUCUGUGCCCAUCGUAGCAGCAGUUAUCGCUAUCCUGCUCAUCAGCACGGUGGCCGGCGUUCUCUUUGUGAAGAAAUACGUCUGUGGGGGAAGGUUCCUGGUCCACAGAUACUCUGUGCUGCGGCAGCACGCGGAGGCCAAUGGGAUCGAGGGGAUUGACGAGCUGGACAGCCACACAGCUGACUCUGGCAAGAGGGACUACCAUGACGACUCUGACGAGGACCUUCUGGAAUGAGCUGGAGAACCAGAGAGACCAGCCACCACUUCGAGGGACGAGCUGGGAAAGUCCCCACCGCCCAAAGCAUUGCCCUGCUCUCCAUCUGCUCCUCUGAGCCUCUCUGUGCCCCGACCUGGUCUCUAACGCCGCUGCUGCUUCCUGUGCCCCGUCCUGCCGUCACCAUGGAAACCUCCCGCAGCUCCACCCCUGUGGGUCUGUGAGGGGGAAGGGCCGUUCUUUAAACUCUGAUCAUCAUUUCUAUCAGCUGUGCUGCAGGUCUGGGAGAAAUGGCCCCGACCAGCACGCGAGAGAGCCUUAAACCUGAGGGCCGGUCUGAGGACCCAGGCUGAGGUCAGCAACCUGCGAAAAGGCAUUCAUGUCAUCAAGAUCCUUUGGCAAGCUGUGCAGCUUCCCUUUUUAAAUAAACGCAAAGAGAUGGCCUUCAGUCCCACUGCGGUAUUGUAAAUAUAGAGACGAAAGUGUGGUAUUGGAAUAAUUUUGACCUUGUGUCACAGCUUUGCUAUGCUGUUGGUUUGCUCCUGUUUUUCCAAUGUUGAAUUUCCAAUCUGAAGGACAGCCUGCAGUGACAUCAUGGAGACAUGCAAAUCAGCAGAAUUCACCAGUGCUGGAUGUGAACUUUUCAUCAAGACCAGGUCUAUAUGAUUUGCUGUAAUGUAUACAAUCAUUAUUCUUAAUUUAAAAAAUGUAAAAGGUUGAAAAAUACUAAAAGCUAAACGGGUUUACCUCCCCAACCCUAACCCUAACCCCCACCCCCCCACAACCAUUCAUACACACACUCACACACACACUCUCACUUGCUGAGUACCCCCCCUUUAGAUUUGUUGGAAUCAUAGGGAAGUGAAGACUGAAAAAAUAUGACAACUGUAAGCCCUUAUAAUAGCAGGAUUCUGGUCGGGGGAAAAAAAGGAUCCAUUCCUAGAAUGUCUUAAGCAAUAAAAUUGUCAGAUGCAAUAUUUUAUUCAUCGUAUUCCACAGAACACGGUUCAGUUUGAUCUUGUUCCUCAGACACAACCAUGUUGAAUUAAAGGAAAAAAAUGUUUCACACAAAUCACUGUCCGUUGUAGGUUCACCCCAACCCUGCUUUAGCACAGAGAAAAAUAGCAGUCAUUGUGAAAUCUAACCAGUUUAUGUGUUCAUGGGUAUUCCAAUGUACAGAUCAGAUUUUUUCCCCUCUGUAACCAACUUUGUGCUGUCGGCACCAAGAACAAAACAACAUACGUUUCGGAACACCUUUCUUGUCUCUUAGCUAUAACGGAAUGCUAACCAUAAACAAAAAUGUAGGUUGAUAUGAAUCACUGUCUGUCUUUUUUCUGCUCAGUUGAUUAGUCAACUGGCCUUCCAGAUAAAAAAGAGGGUAACUCCUGUAGUCACUGUCUUCUAUGAAAACCCUCCCCAAAAGCAAGAAACUUCAUAAAAUAUUCUAUUUAGUAGCAUUUUACAUUUUUACUACUUUCUCUAAACUGUUAUUUUUUACUUGGUUGAGGCUGGGGGUAUAAGCUUCCCUGCUCGUCAGAAAGCUGUUGCAGGGAGGAACGUAUCGGCUGCUGCACUUAUGUCCACCAAUCUCCAUUACCGUAGUCAACAGAGGAGUCACACUUCAUUAGCAACAUUGAAGCUGUUCUGAGGCUGACUACAUCCAGUACAUUAAAGGUGGCUAAAUAUCUAAAUAAUUUUGCCAUUUUCUAGCAAGGUUUAUUGUACUAUUAUAGAUAUUAAAAGCCAGGAUAAACCAUAUGUGACCGACCGAUUAUGUUAAAAGGUAACCAGCAAACUGUUUUUUAUUUUUACCCACUAGUGACAGAAACCUCCAUUAUCAGUUUUCGAUGCCAUCAGUCACAUAAGUACAUAGAGAUCAGAACAGACAUGGUGCCUGCUCAAUUUGUAAUUACUAAAUUUUCAUAGAAUAAAAGAUUAAUGGGUAUUGAUUUAUGGGUUUUUGAGAACUUUAAGCAAUUUGGACCUUUUUCUAUGAAGCACAGAGAUGUCUGGAACCAAUUCAAGGUGGAAAAAAACUGUUUUGUGUCAUAUCUUCAUACUACUUAAGAGAACUUAAGACUAAUUUUUCCCAUUAAUAUUGCAGCCUGGUUUAUUUUGCCUUUAUCUUCAAAUACACCCACAUCUAUGCUUUUAAUCAUCUGGUCUUUAAAAUUUGUAACAUUUGUGCAUUAAACAUGAGACAAUUAACAGUAGAAGGUAUAUUUCAAGUCUAGAAUAAUUUCCAAUAUAGAGAUCUCUGAAGGUUGAAUGGAAGCACCUUUUUAUUUUUAGUUAUAUUCUAGUUCGGGCAAAAGAAUCUCCCUUGCCUGUGCUUGAGCUGUCAAUCUCAUUUACAGUACUACAGCAGGGCUCUGUGUAAACCCAAAAGAAUUUGAAAAUGAUACAAGGAAGUGUACUUUUUUUUUUUUUUUUUACUUAUGUUCCAUAAUGUAGCAAGGUGCACUCUGAAGAAUGGAAGCAUUGAAUCAGCCUUGUUAGUCUGGCAUUAUGUCCAGCAUCUGGGUGUGGACAUAAUUUCCUCCGAGUGUUAAGAUAGUAGGUAAACUAUUUGACAUGUAAAAUAUGGACUUGUUUGAAGAGACUGAUUCUGGCACUCUAGCAUUUGACUGCUCUGUACAGAUUUCUUUUAUUAUGAUGGUGGGCUUCAAAACCAAUAUCUUUUUCUGACCAGGGGAAUCUACGCCGUGAAUUGCUCUCUUAUGCUUGACUUUUGGGCUCUGAUAUAAUUGAUUGGCAGCUCUUGGAUAAAUUCACGAGGCUUGUGUCUUAUUUAAACUGAAGUUAAAUAAGACACAGUUAAGAUGGUAUGGUAUGAUGUGAACAAUGACAUAUUUCUUUCUGAUAAAAUGGCUGUACAUAGAUUGUGUGGUGGCUAAACGGUGUAUUCAAAUAGAAUUCUAACUUUAUAAUGCUAUGUUUUUUUCUGUAUAUUUGAGAAAAUAUUGUGUGGUUUACAAAUGGACUUACUGGUACUUCCUGGUACUUUUACAAGGCAGAUUUUUCUUUUCUUCAUAAUAAAUAUAGUAAAUUCGAAA